CCUAUAAUGGAAAUGAUGAUGCAAACUAUUGCUGUGAACUACUCUCCCACAAUCGGGGGAGACCCAUUCGAUUUUUUAAGAGACUCAUAUGCAUUGCCAAAAGGCUUUAACCAACCCCUUGAGGAGUAUGAUUACAUAAUAGUCGGCGCAGGCUCUGCAGGAUCUGUAUUAGCAGCUCGGCUUACAGAAGAUAAGCCAAGGGCUACAGUUUUGGUUAUUGAAGCAGGGAAACCAGAAAUGGUUCUAUCUGAUAUCCCCGCACUGAUGAACCACAUCCAAAGAUCAGACUACGUAUGGCCUUACACUAUGGAACAUCAACCUGGAGUUUGUCUUGGUAGCGAGGAAGAGCGUUGUUAUAUUCCGCGAGGCAAAGCUGUCGGCGGUACAAGUGUCACAAACAGCAUGAUCUAUGAAAGAGGACGGCCUAAUGACUGGGAUAGGAUUGCAGCUGCUGGAAAUAACGGAUGGUCUUACAAUGAAGUUUUACCAUAUUAUAUGAAAUCUCAGAGGUCUGAACUGAAAAAAUAUAGAAACAAACCAUAUCACGGUCUUGAUGGUGAGCUUACUGUCGAGAACGUUCCAUUUAAAACAGGUCUUGUAGAAGCUUUUCUCGCAGCUGGAAGGUCCUUGGGGCAUCCUACUAUUGAUUACAAUGACCCCGAUCAAUUAGGUUUCGGUUAUGUGCAGACGAUUUCUAACAAAGGACAUAGAAUGAGUGCGGCAAAAGCAUUUCUCCACCCACAUAAGCGCCGCAAAAAUUUGCAUAUUUUAUCUGAGGCCAGAGCUACUAAAGUUAUAAUUGAACCACAAACUAAAAGAGCAUAUGCAGUUGAAUACGUUCAUAACUACGUUAAGUGGAGUGUAAGGUGCAGAAGGGAAAUCAUUUUAUCAGCCGGUCCAAUAGCAUCACCACAAUUACUUAUGUUAUCUGGGGUUGGCCCGAAAGAAAAUUUGCAAACGCUGGGAAUACCCAUAAUUGCUGAUUUACAAGUUGGUAAAAGUCUUUACGAUCAAAUAAGCUUUCCUGGUGUAGUUUUUAAAUUAAAUACCACUAACGCUAGUCUUUUGGAACAUAAAGUAGCGACGUUACCCAACCUUAUGCAGUGGCUACAAUUUGGUGAUGGACUGUUGACAACCCCUGGCGGGGUAGAAGCAAUUGGAUUUUUAAAAACAGCUUUAUCUGAAGAUCAAGCACAAAUACCAGAUAUUGAAUUAAUUAGUAUGGGAGGCUCACUCACUUCAGACUCUGGUAGCGCAAUUAGGAAGAGUUGGAAAAUAUCAGAUAGAACAUAUAUAAAAUCUUUUGGUGCUCUUAAAGGUGAAGAUACGUGGCAAGCGAUACCCAUAUUGUUACACCCUAAAUCAAAAGGCUAUUUAGAACUACGUGAUACAAAUCCCUUUUCUCAUCCAAAGUUGUUUGGUAAUUAUUUAACUGAUCCCAGAGAUUUAGCUACGCUCAAAGAAGCGGUCAAGUUUAUUAUCCAAUUAGGUGAAUCUGAAUGGUUUAGAAAAUAUAACGCAUCUUUAUACCUUCCACCAUUUCCUUCGUGCCUAUCGUAUCCUUUAGGUUCUGAACAGUACUGGGAAUGUGCUAUCAGAACAAUGGUAGUGUCUCAACGUAAUCCAGUAUCGACAUGUAAAAUGGGACCUUCAACUGAUCCCUAUGCUGUGGUAGAUCCUCAACUGAGAGUUUAUGGUGUAGACGGCUUAAGGAUCGCCGAUAGUAGUAUACUUCCUCAAACUCUGAGUGCUCGAACAAAUGUAGCAGAAAUUAUGAUUGGCGAAAAGGCUGCGGAUAUGAUAAAGAAAACUUGGUCAAAUGUGAUAGUGUAAUACUUAUUUAUUUUUGUAUGAAUAAAAGUUCCUAAAAA